UGAACGCGCCCGUAGAGCAGUGGGAGGUUACCGCGCGAAUCGCUGUCACGGAUUGACAGGGUGUUUCUUCCCGGUGUAGUCGGUAGCUCGGUGGCUGUUUCAAUGGUUUAGCGGUGGGGGAAAAUUGAGAUGUGGGGCUUCUAAAACUCAGGUGGAAAACAAACCAGGAGCCGUUGUGUCCGAGUUGAAGAAAAGUGAAGGGUGGAGGGGGUCUGGUGCUGGUCUGCAGCAGUCAGUGGAGAAGAGGUGGGGUGCAUCCUGGACACGUCACCGUACCACCACAGAUUGUGAAGGUGAGGAACUGAGUCAACAAGAGAGCAUUAAGACAGGGACAAAGGGAGUCUAAGGUCAUGGACCAUCAGAGGCAGAGGACUCUGUCCACAUCAGGAGAAUCACUCUACGCUGUGCUGGGAGUGGACAAGAACGCUACAACAGAGGACAUCAAGAGAUGUUACAGGAAACUGGCAUUGAAGUUUCACCCUGAUAAAAACCCAGACAACCCAGAGGCAGCAGAAAAGUUUAAAGAAAUAAAUAACGCUCACUCCAUCCUGGUCGACUCCACCAAGAAGAACAUCUACGACAAGUACGGUUCACUCGGUCUGUAUGUGGCAGAGCAGUUUGGAGAGGAGAAUGUCAACACUUACUUUGUUCUGUCCAGCUGGUGGGCCAAGGCUCUGUUUGCCUUCUGCUGCCUGGCAACAGGUUGCUAUUGCUGCUGUUGUCUGUGUUGCUGCUGUAACUGUUGUUGUGGUAAAUGUAAACCCCGGCCGCCCAUGGACCAGGAACCUGAAUUUUACGUUUCCCCUGAGGACCUUGAGGCCCAGAUGAAUGCUGAUGAGAGAG